AUGUCAAUGUGACGUUUUUCGUGAUGCAUGGUGUUUAUUGUAUAUUUACCAAUUUGAAAUUAUAGAAAAAUUCAAAACACAAUCACAUAAAGUAAUCUUGAAACUGUUAAAAAACUACCUAACAAAAUUGCUUCCACAAUGACUGUGACGCGGGUUGCGGAGUCCCGCACAGAAUUUAAAUUGAAGAACUUGCCAGAAGAUGCGAUUUCUAGCGUCAAGUUUGCACCAAAAUCCAGCCAAUUCUUGCUUGUUUCAUCAUGGGACUGUUCAGUUAGGUUAUACGACGUCACUUCGAACGUUGAAAGACAUAAAUAUAAUCACGAAUUGCCGGUUCUCGAUGUUUGUUUUAGGGAUGCAGUCCACUCAUAUAGCGGUGGGCUAGACCAGACUCUCAAGAUGUAUGAUCUCAAUGCAAGCUCAGAGACGGUUCUUGGAGAACACAAAGGAGCAAUUCGCUGUGUGGAGUUUGCUAGUGAGGUGAACGCCGUGCUCACGGGCAGCUGGGAUGGGACAGUCAAAAUGUGGGACAGCCGUGUCCCUAAUUGUGUGGGCACAUACAACCAAGGGAAUGAAAGGGUGUAUACAAUGAGUAUAGUUGGAGAGAAGUUUGUAGUAGGCACUUCAGGUCGUAAAAUCUUUGUCUGGGAUGUACGUAACAUGGGCCAUGUAAACCAAAGAAGGGAAUCAUCUCUCAAGUAUCAGACUCGUUGUAUACGAGUAUUCCCAAACAAGCAGGGAUAUGUUCUCAGUUCUAUUGAGGGCAGAGUGGCUGUAGAGUAUCUGGACAGCAAUCCUGAAGUACAGAAAAAGAAAUACGCUUUUAAAUGUCAUAGGAUUAAAGAUGGUGGUUUGGAAAAAAUUUACCCUGUCAAUGCAAUCAGUUUCCACUCUGUGUACAAUACAUUUGCGACGGGCGGUUCCGAUGGCUAUGUAAACAUAUGGGAUGGGUUUAACAAGAAGAGACUUUGCCAAUUUCAUAGAUACAAUACAGCAGUGUCAGCGCUGAGUUUCUCCCACGAUGGGUCAGCGCUGGCCAUCGCGUGCUCCCAGCUGGACGAGUCCCAGGCCGAGGAGCCCCGGCCCGAGGACACCAUCUACAUCCGCUAUGUCACCGACCAGGAGACCAAGCCCAAAUGAGGCUCCCAGACACCCCGCUAGAGCCCCAGCAGUGCUUUAUAUAUCUUAUAGUGAAAUUGUGCCUUUUAUAGUCACUUAAAUUUAAAUAAGAGUACAUUUUUGAGUUUUUAGGACUCUUUUUUUAAAUGUGGUAGUUUUAAAAUGGACAAGAGUCAAUUUUUAAUAUGUUUUUGGUGUAUAAUAAAAUUCGUAAAACAUUUAUUUGAUGUGUACAUUGUUUUUUUUUUAAUUGUAAUGUGUGUUUAAAUAGUUUCUGUGUUUCGUUUUUCAUACAUAUAAUUGAAGUAGUACUCAGUAUGUGAGCGUUAAUCAUGUUUAGGAAUCAAUGUUUCUUUGUGUUUGUAGAUAUAUAAAGCCUGUGGGGUCUGUCGGGUGUUCACAGAUUGGAUGUGUCAGUGACGUACUAUAAGUGAUAAGUGAAGUUUAAAUAAAUAAUUAGUUUAUA